AUGUUGAGGUAUCUCCUCGAUAAGUUUUGGAAUGAAGAUGUGUGGUUGCCGCCAAAUACGACAUGGGCAGACAUCGCUCCUGGUCCCGAUAAGGCGGUGGUUUACACGGAUCAUACGCACGUUUUCUUUCCUAUACCGUUAGCAUUUGUGUUUAUACUCGUGCGCUACGUGAUAGAGAAGACCAUCAUUGCUCCAUUCGGCACAUACUUGGGUAUCAAAAACACGAAGCCACGACGAGCACCGGAUAACUCUAAGCUAGAGAAAAUCUACAAGGCCUCACCUAAACUAAAACAGCCGGAGAGCUUAGCCAAGAAACUCGAUAUUUCUGAACGAGAGUUGCAACGUUGGUGGCGCCUCCGUCGCGGUCAGGACAAGCCUUCAACCCUAGUGAAGUUCAGUGAAAAUGCAUGGAAAGUCCUCUUCUAUACUUGUAACUUCACUUUCGGGUUGUAUACGCUGUGGGACAAGGAAUGGCUGUGGGAUAUCGACCAGUGUUAUAUCGGAUAUCCUCAUCAGGGCCUCACGAACGACAUCUGGUGGUAUUACAUGAUAUCGGCAGCCUUCUAUUGGUCGCUGACAUUCUCUCAGUUCUGGGACGUGCGUCGCAAGGACUUCUGGCAGAUGUUCGUUCACCACAUCGCCACCAUCCUACUGCUGUCCUUCAGCUGGGUCUGCAACCUGCACAGGAUCGGGACACUUGUGCUCUUACUGCACGACUGUGCUGACAUAUUUGUUGAAUCGGUGAAGGCGUCCAAGUACGCGAAGUACCAGAAGCUGUGUGACGCGUUAUUCCUGAUGCUGAUUGUAGUAUGGAUUGGUACGCGUGUCGGCAUCUACCCCUUCUACCUCAUUUGGAGUACAUCAAUCCGCGCGCCCAUGUUGCUCCCGAUGUUCCCCGCCUACUACAUCUUCAACUCGCUGCUGUGUCUGCUCCUGGUGCUGCACAUAGUGUGGACCUGGCUCAUACUGCAGAUCGCAUACGUCGCUAUUAAGAUCGGACAGAUGGACGGCGACAUCCGAAGCUCGAGCUCCGACCUGAGCGACAGUCCACACACCUCAAACAACAGCUCGCCCACUCGGUCGAAGAGUAGAAAGUAA